GCAGCGGCUGCAAAGACCGGAGUUUGGCGCGAUGUCUCACACCAUUUUGCUGGUACAGCCGACCAAGAGGCCAGAAGGCAGAACGUAUGCGGACUAUGAGUCUGUGAACGAAUGCAUGGAAGGUGUUUGUAAAAUGUACGAGGAACAUCUGAAAAGAAUGAAUCCCAACAGUCCAUCAAUCACAUAUGAUAUCAGUCAGUUAUUUGAUUUUAUCGACGAUCUGGCAGACCUCAGCCGCCUUGUUUACCGGGCUGACACCCAGACAUACCAGCCUUAUAACAAAGAUUGGAUCAAAGAGAAGAUCUAUGUGCUGCUCCGCCGGCAGGCCCAGCAGGCGGGAAAGUAAUGGAGUUGGCCGCAGUAUGGGGCUGGGGGUGGGCUUGGAACACAGAUGUGUACAGCCAGCUGUAGUGGGGGUUUUAUAUUAUAACAAUCCUGUUUCCAUUUUGUUACACUUUAGCCAGGAUUGAAUGUAUUACAGGAAGUGUGAGGCUCUUGUUCAAUCUGCAACCCCCAAUGCCUCUUUUUUGUUUUUUUGCUUUUUGUU